AUGUCUCAUGAGCUUGGAGAAAAGAAUAUUCCACCCACUACUAUUUCCCAGGAUGAUAAAAUUAAUGAUUCCGUCGUUGAUGAAGUCCCGGCUCCGGGGAGAACUGAUGUCUAUCGUGUUAAUCGCAAUGCCGACAAACUCCUCCCCGAGUCGGCUGAUUUCAUCCCUGGAUACGAUGCGGAUUUGAUGCGAGCGCGCGCUACGCUCACUUACGACGAAGAGAAAAGGCUCUUACGACGGAUCGACUGGCAUCUACUUCCAUUGCUGGCAGUGAUGUACAUGUUGAAAAGCGUCGACUUCACCAACCUUUCAUAUGCUCUGACAAUGGACAAGAAGACACCUUACAACAUAUUGACAGAACUCAAUAUGACCAGUAAUCAAUACAACUUGGUGACAGCGAUGUACUACAUCCCCUACAUCCUUGCAGAGGCGCCGUCCAACCUUCUUCUGAAGGGCGUACGACCUUCGAUCUGGCAAGCUCGAAUCCAGGUCUCGUGGGGUAUUGUCCUUUGCUGUCACGCUGCUGUGGUCAACAGACAAGGUCUUUAUACUGUUCGGUUCUUCUUGGGUCUUUUUGAGGCAGGCUUGUGGCCCGGCAUGCUUGUGCAUCUAUGCUAUUGGUACCGACCGGAUGAGAUUGCUCCUCGCGUUGUUCUUGUCACGCUUCUCGGGUGCUUUAGUACCGUCAUUAGUGGUGUGCUCGCAUUUGCCUUUAAUGGAGUGACCACUGGUGGCUUGUCAGGGUGGAAAUGGCUUAUCUUAACAGAAGGUCUUGUCACUGUUGUUCUGGGCUUCAUCACCUAUUUCUUUUUACCUGAUUUCCCUUCAUCCGCCACCUGGUUAACAGAGAAAGAACAAGCAUUCAUUCAAGCCCGUCUACCUCGAAACUCACCUCGAUCAUCCGAAGCAAACUUCGAUAUGCGAGAGCUCGUCUCGACAUUGAAAAACAAGAGAGUCUGGCUGUUCCUGCUCUGUUGGGCCUUCUUCACAAUCGGAACUACGGGACUUACAUUCUACCAGCCAACCGUCAUUGCAAACCUUGGCUUCACGUCCAUGGGCAAAGCUCUACUCCUCAACAUCCCAUCAGCCGUCUUCGCAGUCAUGCUAACAGUCGGUUUCGGUAUUUUCGCCGACACAGGCCGCAUUCCCCAACCCGCCAUCCCACUGGGCUUCAUGAUAGUCAUCGAAGCAUGCUACGGUGUCCUCUAUGCCUUCCCUAAUAGCGGCGGCGUAUACGCAGCAACCAUAAUCGCGGGGGGAUUUUCAACAGCAUGGUAUACAAUGAUGUGGCCCUGGCGUGUGCAGACUACGGAAGGCGCAACGGGUUCUGCAUUUGCAAUCGCCUUUGCGAAUAGCUAUGGCCAGAUUGGAGGGGCUGUGGGUUCUCAGCUGUUUAAUUCACGGUACGCACCACAUUAUACCACGUCCUUUGGAAUCGCGAUGGGAUUCAUUGGUAUGGCUAUCGUUAUGAAUGUGAUCACUUGGGGGUUUACGUGGAGGGUUGAUGUCGAUACCAGACAGUUGAAGAGGACUCGGUUGGCGGCGGCGAAGGAGAAUCAGGCGGUGUUGGAUGAUGUUGAUAUUCAUCGGGGUGAGAAGAAGAAUUGA